UUCUGUUGAUCCUCCUAUUUCAUUAUGUUACGACUGUUUUGACUUUUUGAUUCGAACCAGAGUUUAAAAGCAGUCUAAAAAGUGCCGAUUUUACAUCGCUAACCAAAACCAUUCGAUAUAUAUGUAUUUUUGAAACGCCUCCUAUAAAACAACACUUAAUAAUUCUAUAUUUAAUUUAUUCUAAACGUUUUUUGGCUUUACAAAUAAAAAAGGCCUCUGGAUAGAUUGAGGAAGUCCUAUUUGAGAUAUUUUCAAAAUAAAGGCGUGUCUCGCGUGAUGACGAUGUGACGAAUAUUAUAUUGUAUAUUAACGAAUUUGACAGUGAAAAAACGAUGUUUCAAUUGGAAUGGGUUUUCACGUUUAAAAAAAAGGGAAAAAAAGUGUCACAUGCACAUUCUUUCGCACACAAUGGCCUGCGCAAAGUUUUCUCUCGCGUCGAUUGUGUGUGCGUGCGUGCGUGUGUUUGGUGGGGUUUAUUUUAAGUCUAAUUUAUAGCUGCAAACGGGAGCGCUCGUCAGGUGUCGUUAUCUCAACUCAGCAGGCUUCCUGUCUCAAACCUCAGACUUUCCGCACAUAUUUCCGGCCCCCUGGACCAUAGAGACACAGAGUUUAAAACAAGUAUAAAAAUGAGGAGGGAAAAAUAAAAAGCUUUGGUCGACGACUGGAGAGAACUUUUAGUAAAAGGGGGAAAACACACAGUUUGCAAAAUCAGCUCAAGUUAACUUUUACUUCUGCUUUUUUUUUUGGGCCUCAGACACGCUCGUAACCUUUGCACAACUUUGUCAGAGAACUCGUACUGCUUGCAGAAAAAAAAAAUCACCUCAAUAAAUGGAUAGCAUGGCUUCGGUUAAAACCACAAAAGGAUGUGGAUUUUGUUGUUUCAAAUAAUAGGGUGAAAUUAAAAGAGGCUCCUUAAAACAUUACUUUAGUAUUUCACAUAGAAAAAGUGAUCUGUCUUUAAAUUCUAUUCUUCAUUUCAUCCAAGUGACAAAAAAAUACAAAUCUGAUGCAGUGAUAUUUCCACCAUUUUGUAAAAAAAAAAAAAAAUUAUUAUUUAACAAAACAUCUUUGUUGUAAAAUCAUGAGUUACAAGGCUAUAAAAUUUUGGAUUGUUUUUUGUAAAAUUUUCUGUUCUCAUAAAAUUGUGUUAGAAAACAAUUGGCUUUCUUUGGAACUAAAAUAUUUUGGCCUAGUUUAGUGAACGUAUCAUGAUAAUCUUUAAAGUUUAUACCUCGCAAAAAAAAAUCCCACUGGUAAAAUAAGUUUUUAUUCUCUUAACAUUUUGACAAUCUUUGUUAAAAAAAAAUUAAAAUCUAACAAUCACAUUUUCAUGGUACAAGUUCAUAAUACGUGGCAAUUAUACAUUUUACUGUCAAAAAAUAAAAGUCAUUUUGUAAUUUUUUAACUUGACUAACAAUUAUGCCCAAGGUUUUCACUUAUUCUCAUGUUAAAUGACUUGAAAACAAGUUUUAAAAUAAAAUUAGAGCAUUUUUCACUCAAUGUCUAACAUUAUUUUCAGAAAAGAAUUUUUCUGAUUAAGAAAAUAGCCUCAUAAUAUUACGCCAGUUUUUUUUUUGUUUUUGUUUUUGUUUUUUUACCCCCCAGGUAAAAACCUUACUUAUCUGUAUUCUAUACACAUGUUGCUGCUGAGUAUAAACAAGACAGCCAUUUUCUUUGGGAGGCAGUUAUCAGAUGGCGGAAAGGCGGAACAGGGGUGCGAAGUUUAACACCUGACAAUCGCAUCUCCCACCCUCUUGUGUCAAAAGCAAUCGAUACUCUCCACAACUUACAACAGUCAGAUUGAUUUGGGCCCGCUAAGAUUGAUUUUUGGGCCUUGAGCAGCGCUUCUGUUUUGGGCAAGACGGUGUGGUUGGCUGUGAUGCAAUAUGUGGCUGGUGACUUGUGUGGAAGUUGCUCUCUCUUACAACAACACACGACGCUCGUUGCAGCUUUUCAGGGCUCGAAAAGGCGGCGCCAGCUCUGCUUCGUCUCCACGAGGCCGUUGCAUUAGCGGUGCUUUUUCUGCUUUGUGGUUAGCCAGCGAGUGAUCGAAAAACAACUGCUGCGCUCGCUACUCUUGAGGAUUAGUCGUAUCUAAUGUAGGCUGUUUGGUGCCAGUUUCGGGCCCUUUUCUCACUUCUGCACACGAAUAUUUCACUCGGGUUGUCACAGUGCUCCAUGCGCUAGUACAUGAAUCAGAAUGGGCUAACAGGCUACAAGCUAACCAAGUAACUACCGUUUUUUUCCAUGUAUAAUGCGCCCCCAUGUAUAAUACGCACCCUAAAAAUGGCAUGUUGAUGCUGGAAAAAAGCCAUGUAUAAUACGCACCCAAAUUUUGACUCCUACUUAAGUCCGUAAACGUAAAAUUAUUUUAGAAAAAAUAUCAUCUUUGGGAACAACCGGAUGUUAUUCUGCCGGUCAGUAUCACUGCGCAUGCGCUAGCAAAGUCGAUAACGAAGAAAUGUUUUGGAUUUGUGUAGGGUACAUUGUGACAGCAAACGAACAGGUGAUCGAUUUUUUUUUUUUUUUUUUUUGUACCCAUGUAUAAUGCGCACCCCAGAUUUUAGGACAAUAAAUUAGUUUUGCGCAUUAUACAUGGAAAAAAACGGUAAUUGGCAACUGUUCCAUUUUUGUUGUUUUUUACUGAUUGUCAUAAAAGAAGGCGUUAAUAGUAGUCACGACAAAGCUCCAGUCAACAACAACAAUGGUUUGGCUGUGGGAUGACCUUGCCUCUCCCCUACCACCGCCACCCUUGACCACAGGGUGUUUUGCAGAUUUCAAAUGACCCACAUCUUUUCAACUUCCUCUCCGUGGGCCCGUGCCAAAAGGUUCUACUGCACAUGGCGGCCGGGUUUCCUGUCGGCCGCUGAAAAAGCACACCGCUGACGUGCGAGGCCCAAAAGACAAUGCUGGGCUCCUCUAAACAAACAUGCUUCUCAGGCUCCGGACGUCGUAGUUGCUGCGGUCUACGCGCAGGCGCAUCAACGCAUCUUGAAGCUUACGCAGAAGUUCUGAAAGCUUCGUUGGACCCCGCCUACUCGCGCCGCGAAGCCAACCCUACGACUCGCUUGCGCUGCGGUCAAAGACCACAGAUUUUUUUCGAAGACUUGUCAUCUCACAUUUCAGCAUUUGCAUCGACACCUCAGCAUAUCCCUUCUGACAGUAAUUGAGUAGGAAAUCAACAAAAGAGUUUUUUUUCAUUUUGCUAUCUGCAAAGAUCUGGCGUAACCAUGGCAAAAACAACAACAACAACAAAUGAACCACUGAGCAUUUCAUCAAUGGUGAUAAUUAAGGAAGCGCUGUCUGUGGUGAGCGAGGACCAGCCCAUAUACGAGCCGCCCUACAACACCGCCAUGCACAUGAAGACUGAGAUGACGUCGCCGUGCGGAUUCAAGCAGAGCCCCGAGCCCGCUGACCCCGACUGGCCGGCCGCCACGGCACAGAAGAGAAGCGAGCAUGUCAACGGAACUAACCACGAGUCCCCGGUGGACUGCAGCGUGACAAAGCGCUCCCGCCACAUGAGCAACGACGGCGUGCCCAUGCCGUACCAGCCCUCGUACCCGGAAGCCCGCGUCAGCCCGCCCAACGUCACCCCGCCCAGCACGGAGGAGAAGCGCGUCAUCGUACCGGCAGAUCCCGAGGUGUGGACGCAGGACCAUGUGCGUCAGUGGUUGGACUGGGCCAUCAAAGAGUACGUCCUAGAGGAAGUGGACGUCGUGCUCUUCCAAGCGCUGGACGGCAAGGCCUUGUGCAAGCUGACCAAAGAGGACAUGAUGCACCUCACGUCCGCCUAUAACGCUGACAUCUUGCUCUCGCACCUCAAUUACCUCCGGCAGAGUAGUCCAACUUUCUCGUACUCCACGACCGUCUCCACCAACACGCCGCCGCCGCCGCCGCCGCCGCAGCCGCCGGCACCGCAGCCUCGACUUCAGGUCAAAGCUGAAAGCAGUUUUGACGAGAUUGGCCGUAGGAACAGCUGGAGUACAAACGGCAUGACGGUAGUGCCCAAAGGUACCACCAUGGAGCAUCAACACAGCAGAGUGACAGAACCAGUAACAAGAAUCGGCCAAGACCCCUAUCAGACAUUAGGGCCCAUUAGCAGCCGUCUAGCAAACCCAGAAGGCCAAGCCGCCCGCUCGUCCAAGAACCGAACAGGCAGGCACAGUUCGCACAAGCUGCCUGACCUCAGCGCCCAAAGGCCUGUGGGUUCAGGGCAGAUUCAGCUGUGGCAGUUCCUGCUGGAGCUGCUGUCGGACAGCAACAACGCCAACAUCAUCACCUGGGAGGGCACCAACGGCGAGUUCAAGAUGACCGACCCCGACGAGGUGGCCAAGCGUUGGGGCGAACGCAAGAGCAAGCCCAACAUGAACUACGACAAGCUGAGCCGAGCCCUGCGCUACUACUACGACAAGAACAUCAUGACCAAGGUGCACGGCAAGCGCUACGCCUACAAGUUUGACUUCCAAGGCAUCUCGCAGACGCACCAGAACCACCAGGCGGCCGACAGCGGCGGCGGCGGCGCCAUGGUCAAGUACCAGACGGAGAUGUCCUACGUGCAGCCUUAUCACAGCCACCAGCCCAAAAUGAACUUCAUGGCGGGCCAUCCGCCGCCGCCCAUGCCCGUCUCGCCCGGGAACUUUUUCGGCCCGCCGUCCACAUAUUGGAACUCGCCCAGCAGCCCCAUCUACCCCGGGGCGGCCAUGAACAGACAUCCCGCCACCCAUUCCCACCUGAGCUCAUAUUACUGAGGGCGCACACGUUCCAAAAAGGGGAAGAUGAGUUUUGUUCGGAAACGGGCAUUCUUGCUGGAAAGUAGGUUGGACGGACGGACGGACACGAGGGACAAACGGACGCCUGUAUACUCUUCCUGGGAUAUUAUGAAUAUACUGAUGACACGCUGUAUUUACUGUAUUCAAUUAUGGAACCAAGUUUCUCUUCUCCGAGUAGAGCGGAUAGAAAAAGUCGACACAUCCAAAGCAAGCGAGAUCAUUCAUUUCAAAACUUUUUCCACUUUUAAGUUUGUUAAAAAGAAGGGAAGUAAAAAUGAACUACUGAUCUAAUGUACCUCUGAAAAGUGCUACGUGGAUGAGGUGAGGAUUAAUCCCAUUCAAGUUAAAUAGGAGUGCCACCAAGUGGCUCCGAUCAACACCGAAUGAAUUUGAGCUUUCUCUCCAGACACACAUUUAUUUACUUUCUGAUAAAAGGCACAACAUUUCAUUUGAAUUUGUUGUUGAUCAGGGGCACCUUAAAUUGUGACAGGUGUGCAUUGAGUCCCAUUUAAUAUGUGACUGGUUAUUACUUAAGACAACAGGUAGAAGAGGGUGUGCACACUUGUGCAACUGCAUUCUAUCAGCUGUAGAUGUUUGCUUCCCCUAAGAUAUUUUUGUCAAUUAGCUUUUAUAGGUCAUCCAUCUAGGUCUCAUCUUUUUUUUUUCCCCCAAAAAUGAAACUGGCUUUGAACAGGGGUGUGUCGACUUUUUCAAUCCACUGCAAAGAACUUGUUUGAUAGCUGGCGGCGGAAACUUGACUUGCAAGACUUUUGUAAAAGAAAUUGUACAGAAUCUUCCGUUAUGUAGCAAGGCGUCAUUUACUCAUGUUAAUAAAUGUUCCCUGUAGCUAACAACGAGA